AUGUCCCAACCAAAUCCUCAUCAACAAAUACAAGUGGAUACAAGCGACGAUGAUUCGCUCUUCGAGACCAAAUCCUGCGUAGGAUCCAACCUCUCCUUCGCCUCCUCUGUCCGCGACUACUGCUACGAGAAUGGCCGCCGCUAUCACGCCUACCGACAUGGCCAAUACCCAUUUCCGAACGAUGAAGAAGAACAAGACCGACUCGCUUUAGUUCACCAACUUUUCAAACUCAUCAGUGGCGGCGACCUAUACCGUGCUCCGAUCCGUCCUCGUGACGAACCUCAAGAACAAACGCCCCUCCCCCGCCGAAUCCUAGAUAUCGGCACCGGUACCGCGGAAUGGGCCCUGGAAAUAGCGGAAGACUUCCCCACAGCUGAAAUCAUCGGUACUGAUCUAAGUCCCAUUCAGCCUAAUUGGGCCCCACCAAAUUGCCGCUUCUAUAUCGAUGAUGCAGAGAGUGAUUGGACUUUUGCGCCGGGGGAGGCAUUUGAUUAUAUUCACGCAAGGAGUUUAAAUGGUGGUAUUGGGGAUUGGCCACGGUUACUUCGACAGUCUUUUCAGCAUCUAAGACCCGGUGGCUGGGUUGAGAUACAAGAAUUCGAGACGUUGCUUACGUCGGAUGAUAAUACACAUCAGCAUGCACCGGCGGUGAUGGAGUGGUUGGAGAGAUUGAAUGUUGCGAGUAAGCAGUUUGGGAAGCAAAUCAACAUUGCCACGCACAUUCGGCCUUGGAUGGAGGCGGAGGGGUUUGCGAAUGUUACAGAUGAUAUUUACAAAUGUCCCAUUGGAGGGUGGGCAAAGGAUCGUCGUCUUAAAGAAAUCGGUCGAUUGGGGAAACUCACCGUCAUGGAGGUGGUCGAGCCGUAUACCCUGGCACUAUUUACUCGCGUGCUGGGAUUCACCUUUCAAGAGGCGCAGGAGCAUAUGGAGAAGGUGCGAGCCGAGUUGAUGAACACGAAGAUACAUCUCUAUGUGCUUUUCCAUUUCAUCUAUGGACAGCGCCCGGUGGAUGAGACCAAUGGAUCUUCAUCCGAUACUCCAACAUGA